GAAUGCUGUGCCGCGCCCGACCAGCCCGGCUGCACAGGUGCGAACGCUAGCGCGAGGUGCGCGAGCAAGAUGACCUCAGCUUCCUCACUGCAUUUGAGCGCCCUGCACCGGACAACGAAAUCGGCGUAAACCACCAGCUUCGAUGGGUGUACAGAGUGUGGCAUGGUGCAUCUUAGCCGGCCUGGUCACCGCUUACGUCGCCCGUAAGUGGCGCGUUUACACAUGGGGCCGGUGCCGUAGUAAACGGUCCAUGGUCGGCAAGACGGUGAUCAUCACCGGCGCCAACACGGGUCUGGGCAAAGCCACGGCCAUCGAGCUGGCGCUCCGAGGCGCCAAGGUAAUCCUCGCGUGCCGAGACAUUGACGGGGGCCUGCUAGUAGCCACCGAAAUCCGCCAACUCACUUCCGUCGACAAGGUUGCGCUGCGCCACCUCGACCUCGCGUCCUUCAGUUCCAUCAGGGCGUUCGUGAACGGCGUCCUCAAAACGGAGAUGCACGUGGACGUCCUCAUCAACAACGCCGGCGUCUUCCAGUGUCCCUACUCCACGACCAAGGAGGGCUUCGAGCUUCAGAUGGGGGUGAACCACUUGGGACACUUUCUGCUCACCAACCUUUUACUGGAGCGACUGAAGAACUCUCAGCCCAGCAGGGUCGUGGUGGUCACUUCCAGCCUGUACAAGCGUGGCAAGCUCAGCGUCCCCGACAUGGUGAUGGACGAAGGAAACUACGACAAGAAGCUGGCGUACGCCAACAGCAAGUUGGCCAACGUUCUGUUCGUGAGAGAGCUGAGCCGGCGACUCAAGGGCACCGGGGUCAGGGCGUACGCUGCUAGUCCUGGUAUGGUCUACACGAACUUGGGACGUCACGUGAAGUUGCCGUGGUACCUUGUCGUCCUCUUGUUGCCGUUUGCGUUGUUCGCGGUCCGGACGCCUUCGCAGGGCUGUCAGACUAUUGUGGACUGCGCCGUGAACGAAGAGUACGACCAGCAUUCGGGGAAACUGUACCGCAACUGCCAGCCCGACAAGUUGGACAGUGUGGCAAUGGACGAUGAGUUUGCCUUCAAGGUGUGGGCUCGGAGCGAAGAGUUAACAGGUGUCUUCUCACUGGCUGGUCGGGGUUAGGUUUGUUUCUCGCGUGCUGUGCAGUGGAUAGUUUGUUCCACAACGAUGCAAUAUGUGUCACACUGAUUUUAUGUGGUCGUGGUUGGCCGUGUUUAUAUUUACUAAAACUGGUGGCGUCUAUGAUAUUCUAUUUAUUAGCUCGUAGAGCCUAGGCAUCGGGAGGGUUAUAGUGAGUGAUUUUGUGACUGAGUUUUGCAUUGGGGAUAGGGGUUUCACCAGGCCCAAAUCGCAUUUAAACUAAUCUUCCGCAUGCGCGGUUGUCUGUAUUUUUUUAAAGCUUUAUUACUAUUGAAAAUUAAUAAAAAAAUAAUGCGACGUG